AUGAGUCAACGUGUAGCUGCAAACAUCGUGGCGCAGGAGCCCCUUAUUUCUAGAAUCCGCGAGAUAUCUGCUGCACCCUGUUUGUCGGUUGGUGUGCUGCACAAUGGGGAAACUGUGUACACCGGGCACUUUGGCGCAAUCGACACCACCUCCAGCAUAAAGCCCAACGAUGAGACUAUCCAUUUCAUUGCUUCAAUGUCCAAGGCCAUGGUCAGCGCACUCGUGGGCAUUUUCGUCGAAGAAGGUUUACUCAAAUUCACGACCAAAGCGUAUUCUGUGCUUCCGGAGCUGGAAAAGGCCUUUGGGAACACAGGCUCAAAGUUGACCAUAGCGGACUUACUAUCACACCGGGUAGGCAUCUCAAGAAGCGAUGCGUUAUGGCUACAGUGUGGCGGUAACGAGUUGAUGCCGAAAUCUGCUGCCCUGGGCACAUUCGUUGUUCAACCGGCUGUUCGUGAUUUCAGAACGGAUUUCAUGUACAAUAAUUACUGUUAUGGUAUCGUGGACUUGGUGCUCGAGAAGCUUACCGGAAAGAGCUUGGAGGAGAACAUGCAGGAGAAGAUCUUCAAGCCGCUGGGCAUGACACGCACAACCUUUGAGCCAUGGAUCGCCGACGACAACUUCUCCAGAGCUCAUUUUCCCUUGCAGAAUGGCACCUCUUUUGAGAUCCCUCUGCCUUCCAUUUCCAGCAAAACGAUCAAUGGGGCCUCGGCGGGACUGCCGACAAUCCUCAAAGCCCACAACCAGCUGGACUAUGUCUCGCUGCGUGAGCAAUCGUACGCGCUGGGCUGGGCCCGGGCCCAAUUACCCUGCAUUCUUGGCCGUAUAAACUACAACAAGUCGCUGGUGGCGAAGAUGCCCAUGGUUGGAGAAGGAGCGCCUUCUAAACUCGUUCUUUAUCACGGAGGUAGUCUUCAGGGCAUCGGAUCUGCCGUCUACAUGCUGCCCGAAAGCAAUUCUGUGAUCUUUGCGAUGCAGAACUCGACCGGAUUUUGCGAUGCUUGCGACUGGGUUCCUCAGCUCCUCAUCGAGACCAUCUUUGGAGCAGCGAAUCCAGUCGACUUUCAGGCUCUGGCAAUCGAGGCUGCUGCGAUGGGUAAGACUCUUGCGGACAAGGUUGAGACACAGCUCCAGGAAGGUCGGCAAACAGGAACCACAGCACGAGAUUUGUAUACUUACACUGGUGUGUAUGGCAACCCAAGCGACACAUUCCACAUCAACAUACAAGUGGAGGACGGGAAGCUAUCUAUGACUUUCCAAGACAUACCCUCAGAAACAUACGAGCUGCGACAUUAUCACCACAACGAAUUCGUCUGGAACGAGAGUUUCAAUGGAACGGCGAGAAGGGGCAGGUUCCAGACCCGACCGACGGUCUCGUAUAAGAUUCAAUUUGGCAGUCAAUCUAGUGAAGGCGAUGAUAGGCCGAUUGAGUUUUUAAAAUGGCACUACGAUGAGUAUCUGGCUGAACCGGUACUGUUCCGAAAGAUAGCCACUGUAGCCCGCUAGAUCAAGUACUGCUAUUACCGACAUACAAUCACUUUACUCCAAUAUGU